AUGGAGAUAAAAUUGAAAACAUCAAUUCCUAAUGGUAUUGUUGAUUUUAUCAAGAUGUGUACUGUCAGUAAUGGUGAAGUCAAAUUGGUUUUGAAAACCAAUUGUUGUUUUGAAAAUCCUUUUCCUGUCGAAUCUAAAUGUUUAGAAACUGAUGAUCAGUUUAGAAAAAUUAAUCCAAUUAAUGAUGCAAUCAAAGAAUCAACUUGUUGCCUUCCAUGGGCACCAAGGCAAACUACAGAUCCGAUGAUUCCUGUGACAAAUUUAGAUCCAAAAGAAAUUGAGAAAAGAUGUUCAUUGGAAUAUUGGAAGUUACCUAAUUACAUGAUUCGCUAUUAUAAGAAUAAAGGUGUUGAUAAACUUUUCGAGUGGCAGGCUGAAUGUUUAUCUUUACCUGGUGUUAUGAAUGGUGAAAAUUUAGUUUUUUCUGCUCCAACUUCAGCCGGUAAAACAAUUGUUUCGGACAUUUUAAUGAUGAAAAAAGUAAUUGAAGAAAGGAAAAAAGCAAUCGUUAUAUUACCUUUUGUUUCUGUAAGUCGGGAACGGGUUUUAGGACUGAAAACUAUGCUCCGAUCAUCGAAAAUCAUAGUCGGUGGUUUUAUGGGUAAUCAACACACUCCCGGAGGCUUAGAUGCAUGUUCAAUAGCUGUUUGCACAAUUGAGAAAGCAAAUAAUUUCAUCAAUAAAUUAGUCGAAGAAAAUAACACCGAAAUUAUUGGUUCGAUUAUCGUUGAUGAACUUCAUAUGCUUGGAGAUUCUAGUCGUGGUUAUUACUUGGAACUGUUACUGGCCAAAUUAUUAUAUUUGUCGAAACACAAAGGAAAACAUAUACAAAUUGUCGGCAUGAGUGCUACAGUUCCCAAUUUAGGCGAAAUCGCUGCAUGGAUGGACGCGAGAUUGUAUAUCACUGAUUUUAGACCAGUUCCAUUGGCAGAGAAAAUCUUAAUGGGCAACAAAAUUUUUAUCGCUCCUGAUUUAACUGAAAGCCAUGGUCUCCCUAAAGCUUAUGACAUGUAUUUCAAUAGUAGAGGACAACGAAGAGAUGUCUCGUUGUUUUUGGCACUCGAAACUCUCCUUGACGGAAAUGGUGUUUUGACGUUUUGUCCAACAAAAGCAAAAUGUGAAUUUUUCGCCAAAGAGUUUGCAAUAUUGGUUUCAACUCUAAUGAAAAGUGAUAAUCACGGCAUUAAGACGAAAUUAACUGGUGUAUUGAAACAUCAAGAGGGAACUAAUCUGGUUUUCCAACUAUCUAGAACUCAAGUUUCUGCUGAACCAUUACUAACAAAAAUAAUUCCAUUGGGUGUUGCCUAUCAUCAUGCAGGAUUGUCACUUGAAGAACGAGAGAUAAUCGAGGAAGGAUUUCGUCGAGGAAUAAUCAAAGCUCUUUUUGCGACAUCAACAUUAUCAGCUGGUGUUAAUUUACCAGCUCGUCGAGUUAUCAUCGCAACACCAAUGUUCAUGAAUGACAUGAUGGACAUUAUGACCUACAAACAAAUGGUUGGUCGAGCGGGUAGAAAAGGUAUCGAUGACCGAGGUGAAAGUAUAUUGAUCUGUAAUGGAAAUGAAGAGGAAACUGGUAAAGAAUUAGUUACUUGUGCAUUAAGGACAAUCAACUCUACUCUUGUGCGAACUACUAUCGUUAAUAAAACCAGCAUUAACGUAAUGACAGAGAGUUUGAAACGAGCCAUUCUCGAGGGUAUCGCAAGUGAAAUGACAAUAAACCAAGAUGAGAUCAAAGAAUAUUUAAAUUCAACUUAUGCAGCUCAACAAAGACCUUUACCUUUCGACCAUGUACUUGACGUCUUAAAUGAUUUGUUGACUAACAAAUUCAUCAUUUACAUAAGCGAUAGAUCUUACAAAUCGACACAAUUGGGUAAAGCAGUUCUUGCUUCGUCUAUCAGCCCAGAACAAGCACUUUAUUUUGUGACUGAACUUGAUAAAGCUCGGAAAGCAUUCGUAUUGAACAAUGAUCUUCAUGUUCUCUUCGAGGUUACACUUCCCCUUGGAGAGCAGAAAAGAAUCGACUGGAGAAAGUAUUACGAUAUUUACAUGGAAUUAGAUGAUGACACGCUUCUAGUUGCUGAAGUAAUAGGCAUCGAUCCAAGAUUCCUUCAAAAACGAGCGCUUUCAGAUUCUCAUAUCUAUGAUGCGAAUACUAAAGUUCAUGUGAGAUUUUAUUUCGCUCUCGCUUUAUCGGAAUUAGUUAAAGAAAUGCCGUUGAGAAAAGUUGCUGAGAAAUUUGGUAUUCCUCGAGGUGAACUACAAUCGAUUCAACAAAAUGCCGCAGCUUUUGCCGGCAUCAUUACGAUGUUUUGUCAACGAUUAGGUUAUACGAAUCUCGAAUUGAUUAUUGGCCAAUAUCAGGAUCGACUUCAGUUUGGUGUUCAACGAGAACUGGUUGAUCUCAUGGGUAUUUCUGUUCUUACCGUUGACAUUGCUCGACAUUUGUACAAAUCUGGUUAUGUAAAUGUUGCUGCAUUAGCUAAUAGUGAGGUUAACCAAAUUGAACGAGUUCUGUCAGAUGCUGAACCAUUUCGAAUGGAAAAUGAAUCUGGUUCGGAACAUCGUAAAAUUUGGAUCGGAGGAGCCGCUCGAUUCAUUGAUAAUCAUGAAUUAGCCAAAUUAAUUGUUGAAGAAUCUCGCAAAAUCAUAACGGAGCUUGUUGGUGUUCGAGUGGAAUGGGGACAAGAGAAUCUUGCUAUUGAAGGUCGAUUGUCAAAUUACAAUGGCCAACAAAUGAAUAAACAAAAAAGUUCCAGGAGUAGGAAAAAUAAUCUGAACAUGAAUAAAAAGAGACCCAUGAAAGCAAAGAAAAGUAAAUCACGGGAAAUCACACAAAAGGCCGUCUCACUAUUGCAAAGAAAAGAAAAAGAAAGAUUAAAUAACGGAAGUAGUUCGACAACAUCUCAUAGAUCGGUUCAUAUUUACAUACCCAAUGGUCAAAGUCCAAUUUCGUCAAAUUCUGACAACACAAAGAGAUUAAAAAGUCCAGUUGAACAUUCAACUAUCGACGGAAUCCCUCAGCAUAAGCUUAAAAAAGUCGAUCCAUUACAAGCAAAUAGUUCACCAUCUAAACUGUCCCAUGCAAUCAACUCGACCGGAAUUGAAUUAGUGUCACCAUUAAAAAGCGUUACCAACAACUGUCAACAAUUUAUCACAAAACAUUGA